AUGGAAGAAGAAAAAAUAUUAGAUUCAUUUGAAGUUUUAUAUAAUAAUGAAAAAGGGGAUUUAUAUUUAACAAAUAAAUUUCUUAUAUAUAUAUCUGAAAAUACAAAAAAGGUUAAGGAUGAAAAUAAUUCACUGUUUUUGAUUGAUGAUAUUGACUUAAAAAUUUGUGUAUUCAGUUGGAAAAAAACAGAAAAAUCAAAAAAAAAAAAUAAAAUACGUUUUACAUUUGCUAAAACAAAUAACAAAAAUAAUUUUUGUUUUCAUGAUUAUAACAAUACAGAAACAUUUAUUUUUGAAUUUUUUAAUGAAAAGGAUUACAACAAUAUAUCAGAAAUAAUUAAUUAUUUAAAUAAAAAUAAUUUAAAAAGUCAUUUAUAUAUAAAUUUUAAUUUAAAUUUAAUAAAAAAUAAUUAUAAGGUAUAUGAAGAAUUAGAAAUAAGUAAUACAAUUCAUAAAAAAUUAAAUAAUGAAGAAGUAAAUUUAAACAAUGAAAAUAAUAGAAGUUGUAUUAAAGAAAAUGAAGGAAGUAAUAAAUUUAUUGAAAAAGAAGAAAAUAAAAAAAUAAAAAAUGAAGAAAUAAAAGACAUAAUAGGGGAUAGUGAAAGUCACGAUAGUGAUGAAAAUAAUGAAAACUUAAAUAUUAAUGAAAGCUAUUUAUUAAAUAAAAUAUUUGAUGUUGAUACUCAUUUAAAAAGUUUAUAUGAUUUAUGCAUACAAAAUAAAAUAUUAAACGAUAAAGAAUUUUAUAAUUUACAUAAAAAUUACAUUUAUGAGCAUAAAAACAUUUACUCCAAUGAUGAUAUCAAUAUACUAAAGGAACCUAUAUUCAUAUCAGAAGAACAGAAAAAUUCUAAAAAUGUUGAAAUAAAUAAAGAAGUAAGUAAAUUAAUUUUAUCAGAAAAUCAAGAAUUAAAAAAGUUAUAUGAUUAUUAUAUUGAAAAUAAUAUAUUAAGUGAAAAUAAAUUUUGGUUUUUUUUAUUUAACAACAGAUAUAGUCAUUUAUUUUUUUGUGAUAAAAAUGAAAAAGACGUUAUAACAAAUAAAAAUUUUUUAAAUAUAAAAGACGAAAAUACUUUUGAACAUUUAUCAUAUAAUUUAGAAAACUUAAAUCAAGAUAUAAAAGGAAGUUUAGAAAAAUGUAUAUUAAAAGAAUAUUUAUCUACAAAAUCCCAUAAUAAAAAAAAUAUAUUAUUUAAAAAUAAUUACUAUUUUAAGGAAGAAAACUUAGAAGGUUUUGGAAUAUUUACGAAUGAAAAAUUAAUAAGAAAUAAUAAUAAUUCAUAUAAUUUAUUAAUUAACAAGUUUAAUAAUUAUUGUAUAAAUAUUAUGAAAGAUAAAAAAUUUACUUUCAAAAAGUUUUAUGAUGAUUUAAAAGAAAAAAUAGAUGACACAGAUUUAACUUUAGUUGAACGGAAGCAAGAAUUAUAUUUCAACUUAGAAAAAAAAAAAAAUAUAUGUGAUGACGAAAAUAUUAAUGAUCAAUUAUUAGAAAAUAAAGAUUAUUUAAAUAAUAAUUUUGAAAGUUUCAUGGACGAUUUAAAAAGCAAUAAACAACAAAAUAAAAAAAAUUAUUCAGAACUUUUCAAUAUAGGUAGACAACUAUUCGUUUUAAAUACAAAAAAGUGUCAGAAUAAUCAGUCCUUAUUAAUAGGAACAAUUGAUUAUGAGAAACAUAUAAUUGAUAUUGUAAAAGAAUAUCAUCUUAAAAUUAAUUAUUUACUUAACUUAUUUUAUACAUCAUAUAUUCCCGAACAAAACAAAAGAAAUAAAAUCCUCGAAAAUUUAUCGAAAAUAAAAGAUGAAAUACAAGCUAAGCAGGAAGAAUACAACAGUAUAUUAAUUAUGGGAAAACCAUUAUUGAUUCAUUUAUUUGAGCAAAUAAGUAUUUGCAAAAAAUUUAAUGAAAAACUUCAUAAAUAUAUUCAAGAAAAAAAGAAAAAAACAUAA